AUGGCUGCCAAACGCCCCCGCGCGGCUUUUGAAGCCGAAGAUAGUCAUUCGCCUUAUGCCUUCUAUGGAACCCCAUUACCGCCUCUCGAUGAUAGCACUCGCGAUGAUGGCUCGUACAUGCCCGUGUGGAAACAGGAGGUGACCGAUGAGCGGGGAAGGAAACGACUGCAUGGUGCUUUCACCGGUGGAUUCAGUGCUGGGUACUUCAAUUCAGUCGGCUCAAAAGAAGGAUGGACUCCCUCAACAUUCGUCUCGUCGCGUCAAAACCGCGCCCGCGAUGCGAAACAGGCUACGCAGCAACGCCCAGAGGAUUUUAUGGAUGAAGAGGACUUACGGGAACAAGAAGAGGCACAGAAGCUACAAACAUCCGACGAGUUUGCAGCAUUCGGUUCGACGGAGACAGAUACCACCCGGCGUGCGGGUCUCCUGGAUAUUCUGAUGCCAGGAGGGGAGACAAUGGGAGUGAAGCUACUCAAGAAGAUGGGCUGGCGAGAGGGCCAGGGGAUUGGUCCAAAGGUACGGCGUAAUGCUGACCUGGGCCAAAAUCCUACCGGGGAUGAAGAAUCUGGAGAAAGCUACUUGUUUGCUCCUGAGAAUCCGCCAAUGGUCUCCUUCGUUCGCAAGACUGAUCGCAAAGGUCUUGGGUAUGAAGGCGAGUUAGGUAUAGAAGACUCGACUAAGGCUGAACCCGAAAAUUCGGAUUCCUUCUUCGGGAAACGACUAGCCAUCAAGGACAAAGAAAAGCCAGCCAAGUCGAAGGAUUCUCGCAGAGGAUUUGGUGUUGGGGUUUUGAACGAUACCGGCUCAGACGACGAAGACCCUUAUUCUAUCGGCCCUCAAAUAUCUUAUAACAGGACCAUUGGAGGCGAUAGAAAAAAGAAGAAAAUCAAGCCAGGCCCUGCGAUUGCAUCGGCAAAUCCUCUGCUCGAAAAUAGGCCAGUUUUUAUAUCUAAAAAGAUGGCAGCAGCCCGUGGAGGAUUCAAACAAUGCCGUGAUGGACGACUACCACUGGAAGGAUUCCUUCUCGCUGAUUUGGUUGCAGGCUUGGCUCUAUCUGACAAGGUAUACGAAGCUCCCCAGAUCCCCGAGGGCUGGACGUCUGCUAUCAAGCGCUCUUCAACUGAGCGCGAUGCCCUGAAAUAUGUCUCUACGGCUGACGCUGCCAAGGCAUCAUCACUCGACUCUACCUCUCGAGCUGCGGUGCUUGGUGAAUCCCAGCUGCCAGGAAAAUCAGUCUUCGACUGGAUGACACCUGAGGCCCGGGAGCGGAUUGCGAAACUCACAGGGAACACCAAUCUACCUCCGGCACUGAGCGAAAAAGCACCGAAAGGGUUUGAGGUGUCUGAUUCAGUUCGGCGAAGAGACCUUUGGGAUCUAGUUCCAAAUCUAGAUAAGCAGGUUGCGGUUCAAGCUUUGACUCGGGCUGUUAGUGGAUGGAUGCCUUAUGCAGAGGACUUGGAUAAACGGGCGCGCUACCGUUCUUACCUAGAAGUACGAGCAGGAAUCCGGGAUUCUCUUCCCGAUCGAAUACCAGGUUCUAGCACCAAUGAUUGGAUGAACGAAAUGCAAGAGUUCGCCCGGGCAGCCGAAGUCUUCAAACCCAUGUCCGGUAUCAUGGCAUCCCGCUUCACGUCAGCUUCCUCCGGACCAAAAUCUGCCUCGGACGCACCCGACUCUUCUGAAGUUGCUCUCAGCAAACCUGCAGAAAAGCCCGAUCCUCCAGCCAUCGCUGCCGCCAAGGUUGGAAUGUUCGGACAUAUGACGAGAAGCAGCGACACAUUCUAUCCCUCGCGUCUCCUCUGCAAGCGUUUCAACGUCAAGCCCCCGCGGCAUGUACAGUCUGACCCGGGUGAACAGCCUGGAGGUUCCAACCCCGGGCCUGGCACUCGCUUCCAGCCUGCUGGGUAUCAGCAACCAGCGGCGAAAGAGCUGGUCUCCCAGGAGGUCAUGAAUGUCAUCAUGGCAGAAUCAGGGCUUAAACCCCAUAAUGCUAGGCCCGAUGCUACUCCUGGAUCAGGUCAAGUCCCUCUGCCCGUAGUUCAGCCUGAGCACAACGAAGCACUUGAAGCAGAGCGACCAGAUCAGAAUAUCUUCAAGGCCAUAUUUGGCAGCGAUGAUGAAGGGUCAGAAUCAGGAGACGACCUCUAA